GGUAGAGGAGGCGUGUCUUAACUUGUCAACUCACAGAAGAACAACAAACCACUAACAGAACGCGGAGGAGGCUCCUGUGAAGGGGUGGAGGCAUGUGAUGUGACGUGCUGCUGAAAACGGGCUCUGCUUUGGUCUCCGCUACAUCAGAGGUGAGAGACUGAAGAUCUGUGUAACGAGAAACUGUGCCUGACAGAAACAUCAGACAGACUCCGGACGCGACGCUCGGACGUUUGGCAAACGCAGCACCUCAGGGCUGGAACCAUGGAGUCGUCCUCUGAUGAAGAGGAGGUGCGCACCUUCGUCCAGGGCGUCAGCGAGAAGUACAGCCCAGACAAUUUCCCCUUUGGCCAAGGCCUGGGGGUAGUGGUUCUGUCCACCCCUCCAGGAUCUCCGGUCAAGGAUCGCGUCUUCCUGCCCAGUAUUCUGGUUCUGAACUCCUGUGGAAUCAGUAAAGCCGGCGACAAGUCGGACGUCGCAGCGUUCUGCGCUCACGUGGUGGAGCUGGACCUGUCCCACAAUCAGCUCAAUGACUGGGGAGAGAUCUGCACCAUCGUCUCCAACACCCCCCACCUGGACUUCCUCAACCUGAGCAUGAAUCCUCUGAGCGGCGCCGAGCUGGAGCCCAGCAUGGCCGAGAUCUUCUUCAGGGUCCGACAACUUGUCCUGAUCAACACAAACGUCAGCUGGGACACCGUGCACACGCUCACACAACACACACCAGAGCUGGAGGAGCUUUUCCUGUGCCUGAACGGCUACAACACCGUGUCGGAAUCCCAGACUUCCUGUCCGUCGCUACGUCUGCUGCAGAUCACAGACAACCAUCUGCAGACCUGGUCGGAGGUGAGGAAGUUUGGUCCGAUGUACCCGUGUCUGACGAAGCUGGUGCUGGCCAAUAACAGCGUGGAAUCUGUGGGGGACACUCAGGAAAGCCUGCCGCGCCUGUUCCCCAACCUGCGCUGCAUCAACCUCAACAACUCAGGGCUGAGUGAAUGGGAGGACAUUGAGAGGCUGAAUUUCUUCCCUAAGCUGGAGGAAGUCAAAGUGAUGGGGAUUCCUUUACUGCAGCCGUACACGACGCAAGAGAGACGCAGCCUCAUCCUAGCACAGCUGCCAUCUGUAGUGGUGUUGAACGGGGGUUCGGUGUCUAGCGGAGAGAGGGAGGACGCUGAGAGGUUCUUCAUCAGGUUCUACCAGGACUGUCCCAAACAGGAGCUUCCCGAGAGGUACCACAUCCUCGUAUCCAAGUACGGUCAGCUGGCCCCGCUGGCGGAGGUGGACCUGAGUCCCUCCUGCACCGUGGUGGAUGUCCGCUGGGGGGACAGGGUGGAGAAGGUCAGCCUCCACCUGGAGCAGACAGUCAGCGACUUGAGGAAGCACCUCCGAGCGGUGCUGCAGCUGCCCACCAGCGGGAUCAGGCUCUUCUACAUCAAGCGGGAGCUGUGCUCGGUGCUGGGACAGGAGGAGCUGAGGUGGGGCAGUCGGGCGCUCCACUCCUACCGCAUCCAAGACGGAGACGAGAUUCUAGUCGUGCCCAAAGUGAAAAGCCGCUGCAGCUCCUCAGAUUAACGCCGGUUUUCGAAUGAGUAGGACUUCGUGGGUUUUGGGUAAUAGACACUUCCUGGAUACUAAGCUUCGAUUUGAGCCUUUUUUGGUUUGUUGAAUGUAGAGAGGUUUGCUGUCCACCACGAUGGACGAGUUCAUACAGUCAUAUAUUUGCACAGACAGUAGGAGUUCCAUGUUCACACAGUGUGUAACUUUAAUGCAGUAAGCGUCUCAUUCAUCACGAACAUUAUACAAAACCCUUGGUUCUCUAAAAGAAACAACAGCUGCCAAAAAUGACAAAUUAACCCACAAUUGCACAUUCAUUUUGAAACUAAAACCACUUGAUGACCUUAUAAUGGGUGUUUGUCCAGUUAGGACAAACACCCCCCCUUGUAUCACCUGAUCAUUGAUGAAAAUGUUGUUUUAUAGAAUAUAAAUCCCCAGCGUUCCCAUUCACACAUUUUAAUAAUUAUUUGUGUUGAGGAAAAUGUUGAAAUCGUUUUUUUUUGUGGGGUUAAAGCAAAAAUGUAUGCUACUCAGUUGGAUUUUAAAAACAUCAGUUGCUGCGUUCCGUAGUUUCCCCGUAUGCCGAGUUAAUCUCCACCGUCAUCAGAAGCUCGCGUUUUCGCUCUGUUUUAGUUUUUUUUUGUAGGUUUGAAGAUUUUGCCGGUUUACCGCGAACUCUGAGACCAGGGAACCGGGCCGGUCUAAAGCCUGGCAGGCAACAGUUUAUAUAUCUGCUCUUUAAAACAGAAAACGACAAAGCCUAAGGACUGCGUCUCCAUGUGAUCUUUCAAGAUGAGUUCUAACAAGAGGAUGUUAGGUCGGCAAGAAACAUCAUACCAGGCUCAGAUCAUGAAGCUGCAUUUUUUGGACCUUCAAUCAAGCAGAGGAUCUUAUGAGAAUGUUGUUUUCGAGAAUUUGAGUUAAGUAAGUUAUACAAAUAAAUCUCUGCUGUGGGUGAAGAUCCUGUUAUAACCCCCGAGCUGAAGCACGAACGCAGAACGUUGGUGAUAACGUCGAGCUGCUGCUGCCGCUCAGUGAAGGCACCCUGGCAGGAAGUCGGGGGGUCUUGGGUCCGGGACAGAGAAACAGAAGGAGAGCAGUGACGCUCAGGUUACUGCUCAGGUCUUCUGGCUCUUCUGUCCAUCCCAUGAAUGGAGCGGCUCUCUGUCCCUGCAGCUGAGAAACGCUGAGGCCCCGUCGGUCUGGUAACCACACACCGGCUGCUGUGUCACGGACACUUCCGCCGUAUUUAGGUUCGAACGGGUUCAACCGACAGGCUCUUGACCCUCAGCCGCUCCCCUCACCGUGUCCUUCACGCCCGUCCCACAAACCUGACACUCGCUGUCUCACAGGAUGUGAAGCUCGAGAACUUCUGCUGAGUCGCCGGCCUUUCUUACUUUCUUACUUUAUUGACUCACAAACAUGUUUACACCGCACGGAAUUCAAGCAAAACAUACAAUAUUACUAGAAGGUUACUCGGUAGAGCUCAUACCUCCAGCAAGAUCCAACGGUCCCCUAAAUAUGAGAAGAAAUCAUUAGUUUUGUCAUAAUUGCGUUGACGAACAAACAAAUAGACGGGAGGAAACAUAACCUGCAUGGCUGAGGUAAUAACAGUUCAAAAAGAUGAAGAUAAAGUCCUCACCACCUGUGCUCUAUGAUGAGAGUGCAGUAAAGCUGGUUAUCAUCAUGACUCAGCUGACUGCUGUUGUGUUUUCUGUGUUUGCUCGGCUGCAGAUGUGUGAUAAACCACAGCUCUGACAUUAUCAGCUCUUGAGCCUGUUUGAAAUGUGUUCUCUUGAGCUUGUGGCCAAAGUAGGCAGUGAAAAGCCCAAAAACAAAACUUGACAUUGGUUGUAAAUAGAUCAAACCACUGUCCAGUUCACUGAACCUGCACAACCUCACCCAGCCCACCGGGACUCGAUGUACGUGAAAACACAAAUUGAGUUUUAGACCCAAGAAAUUCAAAUUAUAAAUACUGAGAAACCCAGAGAGAUUUUUCAAAGGGUUGUAUGUCUCAAACAUCUGGUUUCGUCCCUCAGUCCAAUGUCGGACAGGUCUGGUUGUGGAAGGUUCUAGAUGAAGUGUAUAUUGAAGGUGUUUCUGUGCAUGUAGAGAUGUGUUCUAACAAUGACCUGGAUGUGUGUUGCUCAAACUUGACUCGUGAGGCUUUAAUUGCCGGCGUUUAUGUUUUGAGGGGCGAUGAAGGUGCCAGGACGAAUUCGUUCUGUCCGGAUGAAGCAAGUGUUUUGCCUUGUGUCAAAACCACGUGAAAAUAUGUUGAAAUGCUGUGUCGGCCUGGAAGUGCUGUCUCUAUCACUCCUCUAACAGACUUUCUUGGUGUAGUAGAUAACUGGAGAUCUCUCUUGGGUGUUUUCUGACUCACUUGUGCGAUACCAUAUGACAGAGUGGCUACAUGGGAAAUUAUGGGAUGUCUUUUUGUUUGUGACGUGGGUUUGCAUGUUCUGAUGUUUCUUGAUAUACGGUAGUUGAUUUAAAUUGUGUGUGAGAUGUGUCCUUUCAGGGAAACAAGUUGUUAAUGGGCAUUAUUUUUGAUUUAGAAUUUUUUUUUAAAGAUCUGUGCUUCUUUCAUCCUCAGCUUUAUUCCUCAUUAAUACCAAAUACAAAUAUUAUUACACGUGAACAAGUCUAUGAAAAGAAUUGCUGGGUUUGUGCUGUUUAGUACAUGGUUUUUAAUUUAUGUCACGUUUUCGUUCUGUAGUUUGUGUAUCUUGACAUUUUUUUUGAGAUUAUAUUGUAAUUUCUUCACCUGUACUGUGACCUGGUGAUUUCACUUCUCCUAAAAAAAUAAAUUAUAAAUAUCACAGUUCACAA